UAUAUAUUUUUUUUUUUUUUUGCAGUUUUUGGCCAGAGCUGGGUUUGAACCCGCCACCUCCGGCAUAUGAGGUCUGCGCCCUACUCCGUUGAGCCACAGGCAUUGCCCCUCAUUAAUAUAUUUUUUAAACACAUACGGUUAGGAAACGCAGUCAUUAUGGAAAGAAACAAAAUAGAAAGUAACACUCCCAAACACUGAUCUUCCCCCCAAAAAGUAUUUUUGUUUCCUUCCUUUAGGUAUUUAUGCUUAUACCAGAAUAUGAAAAUUUAAUUUACCCAAAGUGAUAAUACUAUCCAUGUUAUUCUGUACCUUGCUUUGUUAGAAUAUUAAAAAUAAUUUUUUUUUUUUUUUUUUUUUGAGACAGAGUCUCAAGCUGUCACCCUGGGUAGAGUGCCAUGGCAUCACAGCUCAUAGCAACCUCAAACUCUUGGGCUUAAGCGAUUCUCUUACCUCAGCCUCCCAAGUAGCUGCGACUACCGGUGCCUGCUACAACGCCCGGCUAUUUUUUUUGUUGCAGUUGUCAUUUUGUCUGUGUGUGUGUUUGAAAUGUUGAGAAUCUAUUUACAUUUUAUUUUUUUUGUUGUUUUUUUCCUUGCAUCUUGUAUAUGAUUUUUAUUUAUCUCUUUAAAAUGAUUCUUUUUUUUUUUUUUUUUUGUAGAGACAGAGUCUCACUGUACCGCCCUUGGUAGAGUGCCGUGGCUCACACGGCUCACUGCAACUUCUAACUCUUGGGCUUAUGCAAUUCUCUUGCCUCAGCCUCCCGAGCAGCUGGGACUACAGGCGCCCACCACAACGCCCGGCUAUUUUUUUUUGUUGUUGUUGCAGUUUGGCCGGGGCUAGGUUUGAACCCGCCACCCUCGGCGUAUGGGGCCGGCGCCCUACUCACUGAGCCACAGGUGCCGCCCUUUUGCUGUGGUCUUAUAGCAGAAAGCACAGAUAGGAAAUUGAAGAGUGUAGUGCCUAAGGACGCUAGUUCUGAAACGCCUGAAUACCAGUCCCGGAUCCACUACUAGCUAUCUGAUUUGGGGCUCAGGAAAGAAAAUUCUUACAGGAGUAGCAAGGAUGGAGUUGAUGGUUCCUUUGGGCACUUUCUUCUUAAAGGGAUGAUAUCACCUCUUCCCUGGUGAAAGUCUGAGGACGUAGACUUUUUUCUCACUAUGAGUGUUACCCCAGUGGUCAAGAGUCGUGGGAUGAAAUUUGCAGAGCAGCAGCUGCUAAAGCACGGAUGGACUCAAGGGAAAGGCCUGGGCCGGAAGGAAAAUGGCAUCACCCAGGCCCUCAGGGUGACAUUGAAGCAGGACACUCAUGGGGUGGGACAUGAUCCUGCCAAGGAGUUCACAAACCACUGGUGGAAUGAGCUUUUCAACCAGACUGCAGCCAACCUGGUGGUGGAGAGUGGACAGGAUGGAGUACAGAUAAGGCGCCUUUCUAAGGAGACCACCUGUCAAAAUCGUCCCAAGCCCAACUUGCUGUAUCAGAAGUUUGUGAAGACAGCCACCCUGACUUCCGAGGGAGAGAAGCCAGAGAGAGACUUAGAGAGCUGCAGUGACGAUGACAACCAGAGGCCCAAGCUCCCAAAGAUUCUGACUGACGAGAUGCUGCUCCAAGCCUGUGAGGGGCGAACAGCACACAAGGCUGCCCGCCUUGGGAUUACAAUGAAGGCCAAGCUUGCUCGGCUAGAGGCCCAGGAACAGGCUUUCCUGGCUCAUCUCAAAGGCCAGGACUCUCAGGCCUCUCAACCACAGUCAGAGAGCAAGCCACCCAAAAAGAAGAAAAAGAAAAGAAAGAAAGAGGAGGAAGAGGCUACAGCAACUGAAAGGAACGCAGAUGAGAAGUGCCCAGAACACACUGACCAGAGUGUCAGGAAAAGCAAGAAGAAAAGGCACCACCAAGAAGAAAAGGUCUUAGACGAGACAGUGGGAACAGCUAUAGGGGAUGAGGAGGAAGAGGCUACAGGAAUAGGUGGGCUGAGGGAAUUGAGCAGAGAGCCAACUGAUCAGUCCCCCAGGAAAAAGAAGAGAAAAAAGAGGCAGCACCAUGAAGAAAAGAAAAUGGGGGUCUCGGAUAAAGGAGGAAGACAUAAAGAGACUACCAGUGCUGUCAGGAUAGAGGAGGGAGAAAACACAGCACAUACUGACCCAUGCAGCAGAAGCAAGAAGAGGUGGCACCAGGAGGAUUUGAACUUAGAAGACGAUGAAGUUGAGGGAACCAUUCUAGACACUGGGACCAGGGAAGCAGAGGACAGAGCACACAGGAGAAGCAGGGGAAGCAAGAAGAGAACACAGCAGCUUGGAGGGAGGGAUGUGAGGGAUAAAAGAGGUGAGAAGGACAGGACUAAGGAGGCAGAGAACAGACCACACUCUGGCACAAGCAACAGCCAGAGGAAGAAAGCGAGAAUCAGCAGUGGCCAGAGAGCCAGAAAGAAGAAACAGAAGAGAGACUGAAGGUCUGCUCAAGGUGGGGCUCAACUGAUUCGCUUUCAGGAGUUGAAGCCUUAGAGACCUGGGUCAACGCAAGUCUUCUGUGCUCCCCUGAAUAAGGAGUAACUGAGCUCUGGAACAUGAGUUUGCUGAGAGCGAGUGUGAUGCCACCAUACCUUAGUGUAGGGAGUGGGCAGUCCCUUCUGUAGCUUCUAACCCCAAGACCAUAAGUCAGGUGCCUAUAAGCCAGGUGGGUGAGACAAGGAACGUGGGGGCUGUGGGAACUGGAACACAGGUACCCCCUGAGGGGUCAUCUCUGCUAAAAGAAGCCAAAAAUGUAUACUAAUGUGAAAUCUGAUUUUUAAAUAUUGUGAAGUCUUAAGAAAAACAAAUCCAGGCUUUGGGGCUAGUGUCAGUCCAUGGGAUUGCCAGUUUCUGGCACAAGCAGAUGAAUGAAUAAACAUCAAGUUGGGCUUCAGCCUACAGAUAAUUCCAGACUGGAAUCUCCAUUCCCAGCCUAGAGAAGUCCUGAAAACAAAUUAGAUUUUCCUUGCCCUUUGAAGAAAUUUCUUCUGCUAACCUUAUAGUCUUGCUACACUGGUAAGUGGAAGUAGGCUCCAGCUCAAUGUUGCAAAUGGCUAGGAAUCACUGGUAUGUAAAGGACAGCACACCUCACUGGGAUCCAACAGUUAAUUUUCAUUGUUUCCAAAUGCCAUAGCAACCCCUCUUGCCUAUUGUGUUUCCUUAAGAGAAAAAGUGCCAUAUUGCUAGUGUUGUCCUCUGGCUCCUGCCACCCACUAACCUUUAUUAACAGA